UUGGCAGAGGCAGACACGAUCCGCAUCCUGGUUGCGACGGACAACCAUGUCGGCUAUGAGGAGCGAGAUGCCAUCCGCAAAGACGACAGCUGGCGGACGUUUGACGAGAUCAUGACGAUUGCCCGCACCGAAGACGUCGACAUGGUGUUGCUCGCCGGCGAUCUGUUCCACGACAACAAGCCCUCCCGCAAGUCCCUCUACCAAGUCAUGCGAACGCUACGAAAGAACUGCCUUGGCAUGAAGCCGUGCCCGCUCGAGUUCCUGUCAGACCCCGCCGACGUCUUUGAGGGCGCAUUUCCCCACGUCAACUACGAAGACCCCGACAUCAACGUCUCCAUCCCCGUAUUUUCCAUUCACGGCAACCACGACGACCCCUCUGGCGAUGGCAACUACUGCUCACUCGAUCUGCUGCAGGCGGCGGGUCUCCUCAAUUACUAUGGUAGGGUGGCCGAGGUUGAUAAUAUCGAGGCAAAGCCCAUUCUGCUACAGAAAGGAGAUACCAAGCUUGCGUUGUACGGGCUGAGCAACGUACGAGACGAGCGGAUGUUCAGGACGUUCAGAGACCACAAGGUCAAGUGGUUCCGCCCUGGUCAACAGACGGGCGAGUGGUUCAACCUCCUCGCCGUCCACCAAAACCACCACGCACAUACGGCGACGUCAUACUUGCCCGAGAACGCGCUUCCCGACUGGCUCGACCUCAUCGUUUGGGGGCACGAGCAUGAGUGUCUCAUCGAUCCGACCAAGAAUCCAGAGACGGGAUUCCACGUAAUGCAGCCCGGAUCGUCAGUGGCCACAUCGCUAGUCCCCGGAGAGGCCGUACAGAAGCACGUCGCCGUCGUCAGCGUGAACAGCAAAACAUUCAAGGUCGACAAGAUUCCUCUCAAGACUGUCAGGCCGUUUGUCACUAGGGAAAUCUCACUCUCCCAGGAGAAACGCUUCAAAGGCUUGGACAAGAAAAAGGACAACAAGCAUGAGGUCACUUUGCGACUGAUGGAGAUUGUCGAGGAGAUGAUUGCCACCGCAAACGCAGAGUGGGAGGCCAUUCAAACAGACGACGAGGCCUUGGAAGAGCGACCGCUGCCGCUGAUCCGCCUCAAGGUCGAGUAUACUGCACCAGAUGGUGGCGAGUUUGAGUGUGAAAAUCCACAGCGCUUCUCCAAUAGAUUCCUGGGAAAAGUUGCCAAUACCAAUGAUGUGGUGUAUUUCUACAGAAACAAGAAGUCGGCCCCGCGGACAAAAGCGGCCAACCCGGCUCAGAUUCUCGAGUCAUUGGGAGACGACGCCACUGAAAUGGUCAAGGUGGAAAACCUCGUCAAACAGCUGCUUGCGAAACAGUCCCUCAAAGUCCUGCCACAGGGUCCUUUUGGCGAGGCAGUUAACCAGUUCGUCGCCAAGGAUGAUAAGCACGCGAUGGAGCUCUUCGUGUCGCAACACCUUUCCGGCCAGGUUAAGCAGAUGCUGGGUCUCGAAUCGGAUGACGAGGACCUGAACACUGCCAUGGAACUUUACAAGCAGGGGGUGGAGCAGCGGAUGGCCACUGCCGGCAGCAUGCGCAAAAUGGCGCCGCAGGAACCCAAGCGAGUGCUGAAGCCCAAGCCGGACACAUGGGACACAGAUUUCGAUGGCAACUGGGAAGAUGAACCGAACGCGUGGGAAUAUGAAGACGUCGCAGAAGAAGACGAACCGCUAGCACGGCCUCGGGCGGCGGCUCGUUCCUCGCGAGAGACGGUGGAGGAUGAUGAAAUGUCGAUUGUAGACGAAGAUGAGCCGCCGCCAGCAAAGACGAAGAAAGCGACAACACGCGCAACAAAAGCCCCGGCCAAGAAAGCCCCUGCCAAGAAAGCACCAGCCCGACGAGGCCGCGAUCCUUUCGAAGACAGCGAAGAGGACGAAGAGGAAGAUGAGCCACAGAAGGGGUAUGACGUGGUGAUGGACUCCGAGGCGGAAGAUGCACCGCCGCCGCCAUAUACAGCUGCACGGACUGCCGGACGGGGGCGGAACGCGAAACCUGCGGCGGCUGCCAAGAAGGCUGCGGCGACUGCCAGCAAGCCCGCGGCGACGAGGAAGACGCCGGCAAGGGGCGCUGCGGCCAAGUCGCGGCAGACGAAGCUCAAUUUCUCACAAGGAGCGACGCAGGACAAGGCGCUGGAAAUUAGUGAUGACGAGGUCUCAGACGAUGAUGCGUUUGAGCCGGCGCCGGUGGCCAGUCGGACGAGAAAGAGGUGA